AUGAGGUUCCGAUCUGCUUUUCUUGUUGCGCUUUCUGCCUCCUUUGUAGCUGCAGUCCCCGUUAGCUCGCCCAAUGAAGCAGUCGCCACUUUAAAAUCUGAGAUGGCCUACGAGGAGGAACGCUCUCCUAAAGAGAAUGACGUUGCAGGUUAUUGGUUCAGUAAGGGCUACGAGAAGGAACGCUCUCAUAAGGAGGACGGUGCUGCGGCUUUUUGGGACGAGAUGGCCGAUGAUGAGCCGAAAUAA